CACUCGUUCACCAAUUCUAGAGCCUCCGGUUAUAUAUACGAUGCCUUGCCUCAGGACAUGGUAGGCAGCUCCCGACGGUCCGUGCCUUCCUACUUCCGUCUCUCGUCAUGAUCUCCGCUACUCUGGUCACAGUCUGCCUGUUGGCGGGCGUUGCGCUGCUACGCGCUCUCUCCUACCUGCGAAUGCGAAUCACUAGCUCAGCCAUGAACAGCAUCCCAGGUCCCGCGACGGGCUCUUUCUGGACUGGUCACAUGAGCAACUUGUUCGACCGGCAUGGGAUGGAGUUUCAUCAGAGCCUCGCAACGAGCUAUGGCCCGAACUUGGCGACCUGUUUGGCAACGGUUUCCGAGUCCCUGAUCCGAAUCCUUGGCGACUUACACCCUACAGUAAACACAAGUCACCCGAAUAACUGCUCUACGAUACCGCGCGCAUUGUAUACCGCGAAGAUUCUUGUCUUAGUCACCCGCUCUUUUGCUGCGAACUUGGAGAUAAGUUACCAUUGGACCAACGCCCGCACGGCGGCCUAGCAAGCCUCGCGGUCCACCACAAACACGGCCGAUAUAUACAAAAGAACACCACCGGAUAGGAGAGCGAAUGACGAACAUAUACAGCACCAAUUUGUACUCGUCCUCUCGCUCUCUUCGCGUUCUUCUAACGUCCACGUCUCGACGACUGGGGCAGCACGAUUUGGGAGCCGCAACUAAGGAUGAACAUCAGGCAUUGUUAGGUAUGACCGAGCUAUGUUUAUCUGUAGAUGCGGGGGGAGGGUAUUGGGAAGUACUCGCCGGUAGGCGUGGU